UGGGUCUGCGAAACGACGACGUAAAGCUUUUUUAGGGUUUUGUCGAUCUCUUCAAUUUUGGGGGUUUUUGGUUGGCUUCGUCGUCUCGUGUCAUCCUUACAUUUUGCUUGUGAUUAUUUCUUGCAGCAGAUUGGAAAUGCUCAUGGCGGUGUUGUUGCCACAAACCCAAUUCAAGCAUUGGUUGGAAAUGCUCAUGGAGGAGGCUCCGGCGCUACAAACCCAAUUCAAGCAUCGUUUGGAAAAUUGGUCAACAAAGACAAUGCCACAAAGGUUGAAAAGCUCCGCCCAGACAUGUCGGAUGUCACUCUCACUGUAAAGGUUGUUAGUACUACGAUAGUAGGUCGGAAGGGACGUCCUGGUGGCCCUCGAAGCCACAUGCAAUUUGCUGACUGCUUGGUUGGCGAUGAAACUGGAGUGAUAAUCUUCAGAGCUACAAACGAUCAAGUGGACUUGAUGAAAGUGGGUUUGACUGUAACUCUGCAAAAUGCCAAAGUUGACAUGUUCAAAGAUUCAAUGAGGCUUGUUGUCGACAAAAGUGGCAGUGUUCUAGUUGCUGAGCCGGCCAGUUUUACUGUGAAGGAAGAUAGCAACCUCUCACUCAUUCAAGCAUCGAUUGGAAAUGUCAACAAAGAUAAUGCCAUAAAGGUUGAAAAGCUCCGCCCAGACAUGUCGGAUGUCACUCUCACUGUAAAGGUUGUUAGUACUAAGAUAGUAGGUAUUCAAUUUGCUGAGUGCUUGGUUGGCGAUGAAACUGGAAUGAUAGUCUUCAGAGCUACAAACGAUCAAGUGGACUUGAUGAAAGAGGGUUUGACUGUAACUCUGCAAAAUGCCAAAGUUGACAUGUCCGAAGAUUCAAUGAGGCUUGUUGUCGACGAAAGUGGCAGUGUUGAAGUUGCUGAGCCUGCCGGUUUUACUGUGAAGGAAGAUAACAACCUCUCACUCAUUGAAUUUGAACGUGUCGAUGUCGAUAUAUGAGGCAUCAAAUCUCCAAAAUGUUCUCGAAAGUGCCCUCUUAGGAAGAAGAAAUCUUGAAGCUAGUACCACCCAAGUCGUUUCCUUACCUUACCUGUGUGCAGCUGAUAGUCUAUGACCUUUGGUUGUACUGCCAAAAUAGAUGUUGAUGGCUGUGAGUCCUUGAAGAUAAGGAAGCUGGUUGCUUUAUCAUGUUUACUAUCUGAUUUGUAAAUCUUUGGGAAUUAUCAAAUGUCCCUAAGAAUUUUGCUGUGUUACUUCACUUCAAAUUUCUUAUGCUGUGAAGUGUUGAACUCCUUGCAUUGUUUGUAGUCUUAGGAAUUAACUUCUACCCCAAACCCUAGUGGUGCUUAUUCUGGGUAGUUAAGCAGAGAUCAAGUGUAAAUGUCAGUUGGUGACUCAAAUCCAUGUAUUUGGCUUACUUGUUUGGAUUUCCUAGCAGGUUUCAACAACUGUUUAUUUCUUA